GCCGUCAUGAGCCGCGCUUUCACCUGCAACGAAGCACUGCGACGCAGCUUCCCGCCCGGAGGAUGCAAACAAGGAACACCAGGCCCAGACCGAACUUGACGGGCGCUUGGUGUCGUCGAUCUUGAAACACGCGCCUUGCUCCCUACCACAGUCGCUGGCUGAAUGACCUGACCUUCGCUUGGUCUUUCUUCCCACAUCUUGUUCCUUGCGACCAUGGCGCCUGUCGGUGGCGACCACACGGCCACCGCCCUACUGGCGUCGCGACCAGUGACGCCGAUCGCCGAGCUCAACCCCGAUUUGCUCGACCAGGCGUCGCGCGUCGUCCGCGGCAACGUCACCAUCACAUGGCCUUACAACUCGGUUACGAAGACCCUCGCCUUUCUUCUUGCCGAAUCCGACGUGCGCCUUCGCCGCGCCCGAGGGCAGAUACGAAUAGAGCUUCGCGGUCCUAGCGCAGCGGCUGCCUCCGAAUGCGGGUUGGGCGCCGGCGACGAAUUGCUUCUCGGCUUGGAUGGCGCCCACUGGGCCAAGGAUGUGUCCCGCGGCCGCAUCCCCGGCGCGAGAGUGGACUGGCAGCUGCAGUUCAGCGAGAAGCUGAUCCUCCAGGUCACAUCGAGCGAAACGGGAGAAACAAAGCACAUCACCAUUGACCAUCCCGCUUCAGACGUGCUAGACGGACCUGUGGCUGAACCGCCGAGGGCGGCCACCCCCGAGCCAGCACCGAGAGUUCCCGAUGUCCAAUCUGCCGUCCACCAAAUAUCGGACAUUCCACUAAACGAGUACGCGUCGCCGGCGUUUAUGAAGAGGGCUCGGCUCUCCUAUGGCGCGCUUUUUGAGGGCGGCUUUGACAUCUUCGAGGAAGAUGGAGGCGUAAAGGGCAGAGGACGAAAGAGGGCCCGGUUCGGGCGCGACAGCAGCGCAUGGCGGUACAGCAGUCAGUCCCCGAGCCCCGAGCCCCCGUUACCGAUCGACGACGCGGUGGACGAAGUUUUAUCUGUGGAUGGGACGCCCCAACCUUCGCCCAACCCGCAGGUGGUGGAUGAAGGCUGCCAAACUGGCGACGUUGAGAUGGAAGCGCCGGCACCGGAACCCGGUCAGCCGGCCGUCUCGCAGGGAGAGGCGGUCCAUGUCCCAACGGAGCACCAGCCUCUGGUCCCUCACCGAAGUCCGACUCUUCCUGUCCAAAACGAACUAGCCUCGGCUCAUCAACCCAGGCAAGGCUCCGCUACUCCCGCAGCUCAGGAGGAACCGGUUCCUAGCUCUAGAGAGGCAUUCGCGCCGAUCAGCAAAGCAGCUUCCACGGCGGAAUCCCGAGAACAACCCGCCAAUGAGCCGGACCAAGUGGAACAAGCCCGGGAAUCGCCGGUCGCAAAAGCCUCCCAGCCAAGCCCGCCCCAUCAGGAGAAGACUCCAAGCAUGCUUUUUGGUGGCCCAAGGCCUCUCGGUUCUAAUUUCUCCAUGUUUGGAGCCGGUGCACCUGCCCAGCUCGAGUCUACCCUGAGCCUGACAGACCAGGUCAGAUUCGGCUUCUCUCACGUACCGCAAACCACCCGUUCUCCGUCGCCGCCGGAACCCGAACCUGUCCCUGCGCAGCAGCAUCGCAGGGAGGAUCCCUAUCCUACAUCCUACCUCGACGAGACGCCAGCCUCCGCCACGUAUGCUGAUAUGAACACGCGUGACGAUGCUGCGGAUGAACAAGCUGAACUAGCAGGCCGCGGUCAAUCAGAGCCUCCCAAACCGCCUGCCGUAGAGAGCUUUGCCCAGGGUCAGUGGGAAAUGUCGACGCAACCGCCGGGCUACAACCAGAUCGAGGGUGGCCACUUUGGUGCGGAUGCUCUAGAGGAAGGGGCGAGAGUCGCAAGCGAACAAGCAUCGCUUCAUGCCGACAGUACUGCUCCCGAAGCGGUGCCCGAGGGCUUUGCCAGCUACGGUGGUGCGCACGUGCCAGACCAGCAUCAAGAAAGCCCUCCGCCCCAAGCAUCCCCUCAUGAGGAGCAACCCUUCGUUGAAAACGAGGAUACCGUCAGUGGGGAUGAGGUUGGUGUUGACGACGAGGAGGACGCAGAGGCCGAAUCCGACGAAGAUGCGUACGGCGAGCGAAUUGAAGAAGGUGACUACGACCAGCGCAAUUACGAUAUGCCUUCUGAUGACGACGAAGGCCUCUCUGAGCAAGAUGACGAAAUUGAGUUGGAGGCAGAGGAACGCGACGGCAACGGGGAAGCAUACGACGAAGACGAUGAAGGCGAGGAGUGGGAUGAGGAUGAGGAUGAGGAAGACUACGAGAGCGAGGAGGAAGACUAUGAAGAUGACUACGACACGCGAGGCUAUCAGCCUCGGAAGCCAGCCGCUCCUGCACCGAAAGGUGAACCAGUUGUUAUCAGUCUGCUCUCGGACAGCGAGGACGAAGAGGAGGAACCUGCUCCCGCGCCCAAAGAACCCGCCGCUGCUUCCCCGCCCGUUGCCGCACAACACGCACCAGAAGGGUUGAGCACUUCCAGGAGUCCAGAAGACGCUGGUUCUAGCAGUCCAGAAGACGCUGGUUCCAGGAGUCCAGAAGACGCUGGUUCCAGGAGUCCAGAAGACGCUGGUUCCAGGAGCCCAGAAGACGCGGGUUCUAGGAGUCCAGCAGACCCAGGUUCUCCCGAAGUUCUGAAGUCGGUGGAAACAGACAAGACCAACAAGGGGCCUGCCUCAAACAUCUUCAACCAGACACACGUCAUUGAUUUCGCUGUAGGUCUGGACAAAGGCCAGGGCGUCAGCCAGCCGCCGAGAGCGCCUCCGGCUGAUCUGGGCAGCGAUACUGCUCCUUCCUCCUUUUCCAGCAAAGUCACCGGCUCGUUUGAGGUGUCCAACGCUCGUGAAGGGUCUGCCCCGGUGUCUGAGCCUGCGCAAAGCGAGGGGUCUUCGGAGGGUCUCUUCGUUUCGCAGCCACGCGCCAGAUCUCGGGAUGCAGAGGAUGAGCGGACUGAGGGCAGCCUCAACGACGAAUACGAAGACACGCACGCAGAAUCCACGGAUAUGGAACGAGAGUCAGUUCCAGAGCAGGUCGGACCCGAGGAUGUAGUCGCCAGCGUCGAGGUGGAAGAAGACGAAGUUGCCAGCUUGCCUGACGCCGACAACGCCUCCCUCGCCAGCCAGGUCGAGAUGGAUGAGGACUUGGCGGAAAGCGAAGAUGACUACAUGAGUGUGGACGAAGCCGCAUACGUUACCGAUGUCGCCAUGGGCUCGGAAGGUUCCUCCUUGGAGGUUGAAGAGGUGGCAGGUUCGGAGGAGGACGUCCACAUGAUUGAUGUGAGCUCGCCGCUGGUAGAGUCGGCCUCCCCAGAGAUGAUGGAUGUGCAGGAACCACCGCAGGCGAGCCCGGCGGUGUUUUCCGAUUUCGCGGUUUCUGAAGUUGUCUCCGAGGCCGCCAUUAGUACUGCUGCGGAUGAGCCUCCCCCGACUGCUCAGAUCCCCGCGCCACAGGAUGCACAGCAAGCCUCGUCCUAUGCUGCAACCGAGCAAGAGCUGGCCGCGGUGGAACAGCUGCAAAAGACCCUGGCAGAGUCGCCGGGCGGAUCGCCUGAAGCUCGCGAAGCAAAGGCUGAUACUGAGGAACCGGCAGAGGCAGGAAGGAACGCUCCCCAUGCCUCAGAACUCGAAACUGGUGUCGCCUCCCCACCGCUGGAACUGCAGGAACCUGCUGAGGAGCUUGAGACCCAAGCAAGGACGGAGAUUGCGGUUACGCCGCCAGCACAGCCUCUGCAACACGGAACCGUAAUCGACGUCGAAAUCGAGGAGGCUCGAGAGGAGAGCGUUGUCCCAGAUUCGUCUCUCGCUCCUCCGAUGCCCACAGUCGCAAAGCUGGAUCUGCCGUCAUCGGACGAACAACCAGCGCCAACUCGUUCCUUCCCGACUCCAAGGAAAGAAGCGCAAGCGAUCGCUCUACCUGAGGGUUCUUCUGCCCCACAAACUCCAGAGCCAGAUUCUGUUCAUCGAUCUCCGCCAGCGACCGCAGAAGACGACGAGGACGAAGCCCUGAUACAAGAGCAGCUCACCCAAGAGCUGCAGCAAUCUUUUGAGGCCGAGAUGGCAGAAGCUCAUGCUCAUAUCCCGUCACCGACGGCGACUGGCGACCUUAGCAUCAACCUCGCCCGCCAAGCUGUGGCGGCGAAGCGCCAAAAGACGGCAGAAGCUCAAGCUCAUCCCCCCUCACCGACGACGACUGCCGACCUCAGCGUCAACCUCGCGCGCCAAGCCGUGGCGUCCAAGCGCCAGAAGAAAGCGCCCGAGCCGAUCCGUACGAGCCCGCCAGUCACGCGCGCGCGAUCGAGCAGUCUGCGGUCGAACGCCACCCCGGAAAGAGAAGACAACAGCGUCAGCCUCGCCCGGGCUGCCCUGGCCUCGCCCUCUAGGCAAGACGCCGAGGCCGACGGCACCGGCUCCGGGACCAGCACCAGCCCAGGCAUCAGCACCAACCCAGCGACAACAAUGACGACGACGACCGCCGCCGCGCUCAAGUCGGAACUCGCCAAGCGGCUGCGCACCGACCUGCCCGAGUGCGUCCCGCUCAAGUCGCUCCGCGUGCACGUGGACAAGCAGCCCAACGCGAUCGCGGUCGUCACCUCGCGGCCGUCGGCGCCCGCCCGCGCCAAGGGCGGGCCGCGCGAGUACUUCAUGGCCUUCCGCGUCACCGACCCGUCGGUCGCGCCCGCCCAGGUCGUCGAGGUGCAGCUGUACCGCCCGCACAAGGACUCCCUGCCCGUCGUCAAGCCCGGCGACGUCGUCCUGCUGCAGCGCUUCCAGGUCAAGGCGCUCACCCGCAAGGGCUUCGGCCUGCGCACCGACGCCGAGUCCGCCUGGGCCGUGUGGGACUCGCCGCCAGAUGCCGAUGGCGGGGGCCAGGCCGCCGCGCCGCAGAUCCGGGGCCCGCCCGUCGAGGACUGGCAGGGGUGUGUGGAGUACGUGAGGAUGCUGAAGGAGUGGUUUGCCCUGCUCGUCGGCGAUGCCGCGACGAGGGGCAAGUUGGAGAGGGCGGAUCGGAAGAUGGAGGAGGCCGGUGGUGGGAAGUCGUAGACAUUGGGUGGAGGUUUGUUUUUCUUUGCGGGUUGGGCCGGAAUAUCGGCCAGUUUUUUUUCCCUGUCCUGCUUGCUGCUGAGCAGGAGCAGGUCAUUGGCGUUGCCGCCUAGUUAGCACUACAGGUUCUCAGCGGCGCGUGCCGCCGUGGGACAUCUCCAGCUGGAUGAUGAAACCGGUGAUGCCUGGGAA